AAAGCCUGCAGCGAGAGCCAUUGUGAUAUAAACCAUACCCGAUCGAUCGAGAGCCAAAUACACCAAUUCUCCUAUUUAUUUCCAGAAAAAGAAGAAGAAGAAGAAGUGUCUUCUUUGAAAUGGCGCCGGCAAUGGAGCUUGGAGGUUCUCUUCCUUUUCCCAAAGCUCAUCAGCUUGCUGCAAGCUCCAAGGAGGUUGGAGGGUCUCUUCCUGUUCCCGAUGUUCAACAGCCUGCCGUGAGCUCCGAGGAGGUUGGAGAUUCUGUUCCUGUUCCCGAUGUUGAAGAGGCGAGCUCCCCGCUGGAGGUUGGAGGGUCUCUUCCUGUUCCGAAUGUUCAAGAGCUUGCGGCGGUCUCGGAGGAUGUAUCGGCUAGGUACAUACGCCCAGAGCGCGAGCUCGAACAAGUUGCUGAGGGUGAGUUCGGUCAAAUUCCUGUGAUCGACAUGAGCAAGCUGGUCGGUGGUGACGACGACGAGUCCGCUAGACUGCAUUCGGCUUGUAAGGAAUGGGGGUUCUUCCAGGUGAUCAAUCAUGGAGUUGCCGAAGAGGUGAUUACCAAAAUGACGGAGAAUAUUCAAGAGUUUUUCAGCCUACCAUUGGAAGAAAAGAUGGAAUAUGCACAACUGCCAACUGGCAUGGAAGGAUAUGGGCAAGCCUUUGUUUUUUCGGAAAAGCAAACACUUGACUGGGGUGACAUGCUAUUCAUCAACGCAACACCUAUCAAUGAAAGACGAAUGAGGUUCUGGCCGACAAAUCCCUCUUCGUUCAGGGAGACUCUCGACAAGUAUGCGGCAGAGGUGGAAAAGGCGGCUAGAAGCUUGAUGGUUUCCAUGGCUAAGAACCUGGGAGUGGAGCCAGCAAAGCUGCUCAGUUUGUUCGACGACGGUGUGCAAAGCCUGAGAAUGAACUACUAUCCGCCAUGUGAGCAAGCUAGCAAGGUCACCGGUAUUGCCCCACAUGCCGACGGUACUGGACUGACUCUGUUGACUCGACUGAAUCAAGCACAAGGUCUGCAAGUCAUGAAAGAAGGGAAAUGGGUUCCCAUUGAUCCUCUUCCAGGCGCAUUCAUCGUCAAUAUCGGCGAUAUGCUUGAGGUAAUGAUAUCAAAACUCAUAUCAAUUGUACGUAACAAUUCAUUUCUAUUUUAAUAACAUCGCAAAUGGAUUGACCACAGAUUAUCACUAAUGGAGAAUACAAGAGCAUAGAGCACAGAGCAUUAGUGAACGAUAAAAAUGAGAGGCUAUCAAUUGCAUCGUUUCAUGACCCAAGCAUGAGUGCAAUGAUUGAACCAUUAUCGGACCUUUUCAUUAAGGAUGAAAAGAAACAAACACCAAAUUAUAAAUCCAUAUCCCACCGUGAUUAUAAGAAGAUUUCGAGGCAAAUGAAACUGGACGGCAAAGACAGAGGCUUCAUUACCCAUAUGAAAAUACAAGCCUAAGCUAGAAGACCAAUGAAUUCAUGCUACUGCUCCUUGGUCAGAAAGAAGCCGAAAAGUUGACAACAAGUAAAUCAUGCCAAUGGAUUGUUUUUCUUAUGAAUAAUGUGAUGCAUUGAAGCAUCGUGCCACGUGGCUGAAUAAGUAUUAUUAUUUAAUAUUUCUGUAUUAAUUCAUUGUUGUGAUAUUUGUUUAAUUUGGGAUGUUUAAUUUGUUUGUCUUGUUUGAGUGGGAAAGACUUUGUGUGGAGUUAUUCCUAUCAAUAUGUAUUUUGUUUUGUGUUUAUUCAUGAAUAAGAAAUCAAGUAAUUAGUAAUAAUUUAUUUGUAUUUUUCGUAGUUAGUUUCUC